AAAUAAUAGAGCUACAGUGAGCUGGAGAAUUGAAUCAUUCAGUUAGCGCCGAAGCUAACGGUGUUGGGCUAACAUCCGGCUAGGCUAGGCUAAGCUAAGCUAAGCUAACAGGGCAGGUCCAGGCGUGUUUCUGCGAUAAAGGAUGGAUAUAAGCUAACGAUGACCGGGGAGAAGAAGAAGAAGAAGCGGCUGAACCGCAGCAUUCUCCUGGCCAAGAAGAUCAUCAUUAAAGAUGGAGGCAGUCCACAGGGGAUGGGGGAGCCGAGUGUGUACCAUGCUGUGGUCGUCAUCUUCCUUGAGUUCUUUGCCUGGGGACUUCUCACCACACCUAUGCUCACGGUGUUACAUCAGACAUUCCCCCAGCACACAUUCCUGAUGAAUGGACUCAUUCAUGGAGUUAAGGGUCUCCUGUCGUUCCUCAGCGCUCCUCUGAUUGGUGCUCUCUCUGAUGUUUGGGGUCGGAAGUCAUUUCUUUUGCUUACCGUCUUCUUCACCUGCGCACCCAUUCCACUGAUGAAGAUCAGCCCAUGGUGGUACUUUGCUGUUAUCUCGGUAUCAGGAGUGUUUGCUGUGACGUUCUCUGUCAUUUUUGCGUAUGUGGCUGACAUCACACAGGAGCAUGAGAGGAGCACAGCAUAUGGCCUGGUGUCGGCGACAUUUGCAGCCAGUCUGGUGACGAGCCCGGCGAUCGGAGCGUACCUGUCUCAGGUGUACGGGGACACGCUGGUGGUGAUUUUGGCUUCGGCCAUUGCUUUGCUGGACAUUGGCUUCAUUCUGGUGGCUGUCCCUGAGUCCCUGCCUGAGAAAAUGAGACCAGCGUCAUGGGGAGCGCCCAUCUCCUGGGAACAGGCUGACCCCUUCGCUUCUCUGAGGAAGGUUGGUCAGGACUCCACAGUAUUGUUGAUUUGUAUCACAGUCUUCCUUUCUUACCUUCCUGAAGCCGGUCAGUACUCCAGCUUCUUCCUGUACCUGCGGCAGGUGAUUGGAUUCACCUCAGAGACAGUUGCAGCAUUUAUUGCAGUGGUGGGAAUCCUGUCCAUAUUGGCUCAGACGGUGGUGUUGGGUGUGUUGAUGCGCUCUAUUGGGAAUAAGAACACCAUCCUUUUAGGACUUGGCUUCCAGAUCCUGCAGCUCGCCUGGUAUGGCUUCGGCUCCCAACCCUGGAUGAUGUGGGCAGCUGGGGCUGUAGCUGCAAUGUCCAGCAUCACUUUCCCAGCAAUCAGUGCCAUCGUGUCCCGAAAUGCUGAUCCUGACCAACAGGGUGUGGUACAGGGGAUGAUCACAGGGAUCAGGGGGUUGUGUAACGGACUUGGCCCCGCCCUCUAUGGCUUCGUCUUCUACCUGUUCCAUGUGGAGCUGAAUGAGAUGGAUGUUGCAGGAGGAGCUGAGAAAGGAACCAAACCCAACAUGGCCAAUCCCACUGACGAGAGUGCCAUCAUUCCUGGUCCUCCCUUUCUGUUUGGAGCAUGCUCAGUUCUUCUCUCCCUCUUGGUGGCGCUCUUCAUCCCUGAACACAACACGCUCUCUCUGCGGCCCGGCAACUACAAAAAACACACCAGCACCGCCCAGAGCCAUGCCCACACCCCUCAGGGUGGAGCCUGUGAAGGCAAAGAGCCUCUACUGGAUGACAGCAGCGUAUGAUCUUGCCCACUGCCACCUCAAACACACAUCAGGGUGGAGCAUGUAGGAAAAGAGACCCUAUUGGUUUACAGCAGUGUGUGACUCCACCCACUGCCUCCUUGAAUACAUCAGGGUGAAGCUAGUGAGAAGAAGGGCCCUGUUUGUUGGACAGGUUCAGUGUCUGACUCCACCCAUUGCCACCUGACUCGUAUCUGGGUGGAGCCAGUGCGAGGGAUGGGCCUUUCUUUUGGACAGGUUCCGUGUCACUCCGCCUACUGCCACCUCACACACAACAGGACGGAGCUUGCAAGGACUGAAUAACUGCACUGUAUGACUCCGCCCACUUCCACGUCAAUCAUACAUACUUCUCCCUUGUUUUCGAGCUCAAAUGCAUUUAAGGGCGGAGCCUGUGAGAAUUAGAUGAUAGCACAGCAUGACUCCGCCCAAUGCUGCCAAACACACACACAUGCACACAACCUUUGGUGCGGAGUCUGUGAGGGGAAAUCGGCCUUUCCUGUAUGUGAACUCUGUAUGACUCCACCCACUGCCAUCUCACACACAUCGGGGUGGAGCUAACAGAGGACCAGUGCUGUAUUACCCCGCCCACUGUCACACUAAAGCUUAAUUGGGGUGGAGCUUGUGGCAAGUGAAUGACAGCAGUGUAUGACUCCACCCACUGCCACCUCAAAUGCACCUCAGGGUGGAGUCGAAUAUAAGACUCCUCCUACUUUCACCUGUUGUGCCCCCAACACUUUUUUUUUUUUUUUUUUUACCAUACUGACCUCCAUCAGCUGAACACACACUUCAGAAUGCUGUGUGUGAAUGACGCUACUGUACACACACACACACACACACACACACACACACAGAGUCUAGUUAAUUUUACAGGUGUGUGUGUGUGUGUGUGAUCUCCACACUCUGUUACUUUGAGGCCAUAUGACAGCGGCUGUGUCCUGACCGCUGUGUCCUGACCGCUGUCCUUCAGAGACUUGUGCCACUCUGGUCAGUGUACACUGUACAGUUUUUUAGACAUUUCUAGACUGGUGUGGUGCAUUGUGGGUCAUUUUUGUUUUGAUAUUAGCUUGUUGCAGUGCAUUAUGGGAUUUAGUCCACUUUAUUUGUGGAUGUAACAGAUGCAUAAUGUGCACUGUGUAGUGGACAGAGAGUGGACACGGGCACGCAGCAUCUCCAUCAUUAAACUGCAGCCUUCCUGUACUGUGAGCUGAAACUCUGAACCUGAUGAUGGCGCUGUCUCUCUCUCUCUCUCUCUCUCUCUCUCUGAGUCUCUCUCUGAGUCUCUCUCUCUGUCUCUCUCUCUCUCGCUGUCUCACUCUUUCUUUGAGUCUCUGUCUUACUCUCUGUUUGAGUCUCUCUCUAUCUUUCUGUCUUUCACUCUGUCUCGCUGUCUGUUUCUGUCUGAGUCUCUGUUUGUCUGCCUGUCUCUCUCCCUGUCUGUCUGUCUUUCUCUCUCACUCUCUUUCGCUCUGUCUCACUCUCUGUCUGAGUCUCUGUCUGUCUCUCUAUCCUCUCUCAUGCUCUGAGUGGGUUCACUGACUGUGUGUGUGUGUGUGAUGGAGAAAUACAGAUAGCUACAGAAAUGAUAAUUCUGUUAACUCUGACUGAAAGUGAGUGACCACCAGUUUAUUUGCUAAAUUGGUGGAUAUUAAUUUUUAGUUUUGUGUGUGUGUGAGAGAGAGUGUGUGUGAGUGUGUGUGAGUGAGUGUGUGAGAGAGAGUGUGAGUGUGUAAAUUGAAGCAGAAUAUUUAAAACUGUAAAGCGGUCAGUGAGAUGUAAAUAACAGGAAAUUAACAAACCCUUAUUUAUUAAAUGCUUCUUGGUCCUCUGCA